AUGGGUCUAAUCAGCCGACUGAUGGAACAACAUCAGUUUUUACUGCACCAAUGUUUUUCACUGCCUUUCGCAUUUUUGUUUUAUUUUUUUGCUAAACGUGGAUAUCUGUCCUUGAGGUACAGGUACGUCUUUGUUACUGUUGGAGGAUGUGUCCUGGCAGUCGCCACGAUGGGGAUCUACAGUUCUCUUCUGUUUGUGUCCACCUUUGUCUUUAUUCUGCUCAUUGGCUCGGUGGAUCCCAGCAACAUCCACAUCUGGGCGUUUGGUAUCCAGAUGCUGUGGCAAACCUUCUGGCACCUGCUUAUACAGUAUGGUGAAUGUUACCUGAAUGAGCCUGUCAGCGUGAGGUUGUUUUUGGCGGUGUCCUCUUUGAUGCUGCUCACUCAGAGAAUCACCUCGGUGUCCAUGGAUGUUCACGAGAAACAACUUGUGUUCACAUUUAAAGCAUCGUCCCUAAAGACGAGUUGUGUCCUGCUUCUCCCUCUCGUCAGCUACUUCCUCAGUGUCACCACGCUGCUCGGUGGCCCUCUGGGCUCCUACAGACAGUUUGUGUCUCACAUGGAGGAAAUCAGCCUCGGCCCUUCACCCAGUCCACUGGGCGUGGUGUUCCUGAAGUUGAUGCAGGUGUUAUUGUUGGAGUUGAAUUAA